AUGAAGAGCGGCGACGCGAAACCUGAACCCACAGAGUCGGAAAGGUGCAACAAUAACGCAGAGCCGGGACAAGAUGCAGAGCUUUCACACGCCCAGAGCAAACUUGAGACGUUGCUGAAGAAGCAGAAGCCCGGAAAGGGCCCGUCCAAGAAACUUGUGGCGGAGCAGCAAAAGACUUUGCGAAUCCCCGGUUAUGGCCCACCUGACCCAAAGACAUCAGACCUAGAGUCACCAGUGAAGCGUGGCCCAGGCCGACCUCGAAAGGCCAAACCGGAUUUCGAGACACCGGCGCUGACCAAGCUUCAAAACCAGCCAUUAGCCGCUAUUGACCCAACUUUGGCCCCGGCGGAACCAGAAAAAGGGACAUCCGCUACGGACAAGCCAGCGGCGACCGAAGAGCCAAAGGUGGCCUCGGCGCCUAAGGAGAAGCCCAAAAGACCAAAGACGCCUAAAAAGCCUAAGGCAACCCUUACGGCUCAGCAAGUCCUGGAAGAGGACGUAGUUGCUGAAGAUGAGGCGGAUAAAGACUUGCUCACUCGCAUAACCACAGGGCGGGAAAAAUCGGAAAAAGUCUCAAAGAGCAAAAAGCAGAAGUCCAAUACGGUCCCACCGGACGUAUCGGACAAGUCCAGUACAGUCCCACCGGACGUACUGGACAAGGCGGUUGACAAGGCUGGACAGAAUGACGUUCUAAAAUAA